GAGGCUUCCGGCGGCGCGGUGCGGACUUAACCCAGUGCGGACGGCGUCGAGGAUCAGUCUCGGCCCGCAGACCUUACCGGACACUCGCGGCCUCUCGCGCUCUCUCGACGCCACGAACGGAUAACACGACCACGCUCGCCCGCCACUCCUGCCCUCCGGCCUCACUGUCUGCAGGGAGCGUGAAGGACGAAAGAAAAAUGUGCUCGAUAAAAGCCGUAAUAUCGUGUGGCAUCUUCUUGGCCGUCCUGGACAUCAUCCAAGGGUUAAUAACUCUGGGAUGGUAUGGGUACCGCUUCGUGUCCUAUUACUUCUACCUGUGCCCCAGGGAGCUGCCCAUUGACGAGUGCCACGCCGAGAAAUAUCACUACGAGCAAUUGUACACCCUUCGCACCUACAUCGGCAUCGGGGAGGGUGCUGUGACCCCGAUCUUUGCUGCUAUUUACAUCGUUGCUCUCGUCAGGCAUAAGCCGUGGCUCGCCUGGUGCUGGCUCAUCAAGGCCUUCGGUGCCCUGGGUAUCAACGUGUACUUCCUCAGCCAGUGGCUCAUCAGGCUCAAGAACUUCGAUCAUCUGAGAACCAUCAGGCCGGCUUACGACCAGCAGUUCCUGUGGAUAGGAAUCGCGCUGACGCUGGCCGAGGUGGUCAUCCUGUUCCUCUUCUGCCUCGUCGGGGGCCUCUUCACAUACAAGGUUUGCGAGGAGCGCCGCAGGAGCAGGCGCAGUCUGCACCGCAUCCACAAGAUGGGUCGCCACGGCCGCGCCACGGCGCCGCCCCUCGACGGCUACGACGACGAGUCCUCGAUCGUGCGCGCAAACAUCGAGGAGCAGUUCCUGAACCACGGCCUCCACGACUCCACCAACAAGCUGCCUCUCCCCGGCUCCACCAGCAGCAUGGACGAGGUCGGGCAGGCCAGCACGCUGCGGGCGCCCACGCAGGUCUAGGCGCCGGAGAGGCCGCCCUUGCCUCCGACGGCCGUCCGCGGAGGCCGGGCUGCCCUUUGCGAGAAGUGUUCAGUCCGCCUGCGACGCGACGGGAUCUGAGGGAAGCGCUGUGGCCGCCUUCAAGCCGAGGGCUGCGGCUGCGCGGCGGCACAGCGGUCGCGCAGGUUCCUCAGUCCAGGUAUUCAUUGCCGUUAGCUUCAGGAAUGAUUCAUGAGAGUCGAAAGUCAAGUGCGAGGCAUUUCCCGAGGCAGAGACGCUCGGCCCGCAUUUGCCGCGCCAGAGUUCACUGCUGGAAUAGUUGAUCACAGAGAAGUCAGACUUCAUUGCUAGAGUGCCAAAGAUAUUCCAUAAUGCCAGUAGAUGGGACUCGACGCGGGAAUGCCUCGCGUCCCAUGUCUCCUGCAGGUGCUGCCGACUUGUCGAGUCAUUUAUUCCCUGUAAAUAGAUAGGUGUAUAUACUAGGUUCUCAGAUUUUCUCUCUUCUUCCUUUGUGUAUAUUUUGAUAGUGAUGCAUCAACUACAACCCUGUUACACGUGUCCCUUUUAAUAGAGUAUUUUUAUGAAGAUAUAAGACUUUAGGGUUAGGAUUAAAGUUGCACUUGCUGCGUUGUGCAAGAUUCGGAGCCCACGAAGAGAGGUAGGCCUAUGCGAUUUUUACAUUUUUUUAGGAUAAUAUAUAUGUGUGAACUAUAGAAUUUUUCUUACAUAAUUUUACGAGAUGUAAAUUAUAUUUAAUAAUAAAAAUCCUUUAAUAUGAAAAUAUCAA